GUUUUCCGUUGUGAACGCUACACCUGCGUGGUAGUGUUCGAGUUACAGCCCAUACAAACUUAAAACCCCUAAAAAAUGGUUGAUAUUGAGUUAAAUGAAACCAGCGACAAUAAGGUGACUGCAGUUACCAAUGGCGACUUGUCAAAAGGAGAUUCUUUGAGCAAGUCGGAAGAUGUUCAAGAUGAAACGCCGUACACAGUUAAGAUAAUUCCAACCCAUUCAGAUCCUUUCGAGUUACAAGUGAGCUCUUUUGAGCUUGUUCAAGAAAUUCAUCGUGUGUUAAUGGAUCGAGAAGAAACCUGCAGUUGCACUUGCUUUUCUUUGGUUCUAAACGGUCAGACACUAGAUAUGUUUGCAGAGUUAAAGUCAGUCGAUGGUUUGGCUGAUGGUGUUGAACUGAAAGUUGUGGAAGAGCGCUAUAGCGUUCGUGAAGCCAAAAAUCAUGUUCGACAUAUCCAUGAUCUUCUUCAUUCAGUCGAGCCUAACGAUGCAUACGCAGGUAGAGAACAGAUGUCCCUAUCAUUUGUCAAUUCAGUAGCGGGAGAGCUAGAACGCAAACAUUUCCCUACCCGGUUAGAUAUGCGCAUAGAUUUCAUACCACCUGAGUAUGUUAUGCCCGGUUUUGGUGCAAACACCAACCUUCCAUUAUUGCCUUUACAUCCUUUGGAUCGUGAUGGAAAACCAGUUAAGUGCGUUCGCCAACUUAAUUAUAGUAAUUGGAACCCUCCACCACCUGCAAGACGACUAUUAGGAGAUCUGAUUUAUUUAUUUUUUCACACGUUAGAGGACAAAAAGUAUCAUAUAACUGCUUGUCCCAGAGGAUUUUAUGUAAAUAUGUCCACGGAUGAUCAGUUUAAUCCCCACCCCAUACAACAUGCUUAUGUGGCACAUUCUCUGAUCGAUCUCCUACGUCAACUUAGCCCAGGAUUCAAGCGCAAUUUUGAGUCCCUUUUAAAAAAUCGAGCUGCUAAACAUCCAUUUGAACGUGUUCCGACUCCGUAUCAAGUUCAUUCCUGGUUAGCGCCACUAGUUGAACAUUCCCCAGAUUCUGUAAGAAAAGAAGAAGCGUUUUCUUCUCGCAUGGCGUGCGAAGAAAAUUUGCCCGGUCAAACUAGGGACUGGAACGAAGAGCUACAAGUUACGCGCGAACUUCCACAGACGCGUCUUACAGAGCGGCUACUUAGAGAUCGUGCUAUUUUCAAAUCAAACAGUGAUUUCGUUGCUGCAGCAACUCGUGCUGCUGUUAGCGUAGUAAAUGGAGAUAUUAUGGCUAUUAACCCAGGAGAAACACGUAAACAACAAAUGUUUAUAUGGAAUAAUAUGUUUUUCUCACUUGGAUUUGAUGUUAAAGAUCAUUACAAACAUUUCGGCGGUGAAUAUGCCGCAUAUGCUGCCACAUCUAGUGAUUUGUGUGGAGUACGCGCAUAUUCAAUGCUAGAUCAACCUGGACUGUAUACUCUUGGGACAGCUAUUAUUGAUUACCGUGGUUUUCGCGUUACCGCUCAAACAAUCAUACCAGGUAUUUUGGAGAAAGAACAAGAACAGUUGGUUGUUUAUGGUUCAAUUGAUUUUGGUAAGACAGUGCUCACCGACAAACGUUAUGAAGAGUUAUUGUCUAAAACGGCUAAACAAUUGAAAAUCAAGCCACACAAGGUUGUCAAUCAGUCAGGUGAUGCAAUACAGUUAUAUUCAUCUGUGGAUUGUAAAGGAAUUGUUGGAAAUGAUAAUCGAACUUAUAUUCUGGAUUUACUACGUACUUUCCCACCAGAUCUUAACUAUUUAGAUAAUGGUAGUGAUAUACGACCUCAAUUGUCUCCUGAAUUGGUGAAAUUAGGUUAUCCUUAUCAACACCGACAUAUGUUGGCGACUUUAAGACAAGAGUUGAUCGAGGCAUUUUUUGACCAUCGUUAUGAAAAGUUUCUACGUCUGGCUGCUCUAGAGAUUCAGAAGGGUAAAUCUUCCUUAAAAGGUGAAUGUGAUGAUCAGGAUGCUGCUGGUGUGCAAAAUGGACAAGCUAACUGUUCAAACACUAAUGAUGAUCCCUUAUCUCCCAAAGAUAGUCUAAUUACAACCAAACACCAAAUAGACCACCAUGAUGUUACUGGACACUCCAGUAAUGCUUUGAACUCAGGGAUUGGGACAAUAAAGUCUCCAAGCAAGAAUCAAUCAGAUGAUUUAAGCCUGAUGAAAAGAUUACUAGAAGAUGAUCAAGACACACAAAAAAAUGACGUAAUUCGAGAAGCUAUCCGCAAAGCAGCAGCAACUGUCGGUUCUCUGAGUACAGAUCGUUUUGAGCUUACAUUCAAUCCUGAUAUUUAUCAGAAAUUUGUCAAAUUUUGUGAUUCAGAAGAACAAUCAUUAACAGUUGAUCAAGAACUAGUAUGCAGUGCUUGCGAAUUUCUGGUUUUAAAACAAAUUCCAGCAUUUGUUAAAGACGCAUUAAAUUUGUGCAUCACUCCUCAAGAUGGUAGAGCUCUGAUAGAGUUAAUGCAUCAGCGUGGCAUUAAUGUGCGUUAUUUGAAUCGUGUAAUCGAAUCAGUCAGUAUUCACCAGUCGUUAGGUUAUCUCAAAAAAAUGGCUAUUUGCGAAGUUUUGUUACGGUCUGCAAAACAUUUAUUUAAAACAUAUCUUCAAGAUGUUGAUCCUAUGCUUCUUUCUGUUGGGGUUGCUCAUUUUCUCAACUGUUUUCUAACAGCAUGUCCUAAUCUUACACCGUUACUUGGGAUUGAUGAGCAAGUUCUCAAACUGAAUCGUAAUAAAAAGAAUAAGAAGAAAUUGAAAAAUCUUCGCGAAUCACCAGAAGAAAUGGCAUGGCUUAAUGAAACACAUUCCAGUUUAUGGUCUGAAAUAAUUAAAGAAGCUAAGGAAUAUUAUCAUUAUCAAAUAACUGCGUCGGACAUUGAUGAAUUCUGUAAGAUUUAUGAAGUUCAACGUAUUCAGCUUCUUAGAACAUUUUGUACAUCUGUUGGUAUUCAGCUACUUUUACGGGAGUAUAAUCUCAAUCUACCGAAUGGUGCUAAACAUCAUCAAAAACCGGUAUUUAAUACUGAAGAUAUAAUAUCUCUUUAUCCAAUAGUGAAACAUUUACAUCCUCAUGCAACUGAUGCUUAUCAUUAUUUUACAACUGGUCAAGCUCGAAUUUCUGCUGGUCAUCUUCAAGAAGGAUUCGAGUUAAUUAAUGAAGCUUUAAGUCUUCUGAAUGGUGUAUAUGGUCCUCUUCAUCCUGAUAUUGGUGCUUGUAAUCGUCUUUUAGCUCGUUUAUCUUAUGUCAUGGGUGAACAUGAAGCUGCAUUAUUAUUUCAGCAUCGUGCUACAAUGAUUAGUGAACGUGUACACGGAAUCGAUAAUCCGAAUACAGCUACUGAAUAUAUACAUUUCUCACUUUAUGUAUUCGCUUGUGGACAUAUAUCUACUGCUUUACAAUUACUUUAUCGAGCUCGUUACAUAGCACUCUUAUGCCAUGGUGAAUGUCAUCCUGAAAUAACACAAAUAGACACUAAUAUCGGUUUAAUGUUACAGUUGGUUGGUGAAUUAGAUUUGGCUUUAAUCUUUUUCGAGAAUGCAUUAUCUUUAAUUAAAUUAUUUUAUGGUGAACGAAAUUUGAAAGAAGCUUUCACUUGUCAUUUAAUCAGUCUUACGUAUACCUAUCGCGGCGAUUUUCGUACUGCUCUUGAUUAUGAAAAACGUCGUUUUCUAAUAUACAAAGAACGUUUAGGUCCAGAUAGCGAUUAUACUAAAGAUAGUGAUGAAUGUUUGCGACAACUUACCCAACAAGCUGUGACAAUUGCACGUAAAGUAGCUGAACUCACAGCAACUGCCUCCACAACAAAGUCAAUUGGAAGUGGUGAUUCUUCUUCGUCCACUAGUCAUUUGAAUUCACAUUCAAAUAACAAUCAUCUUUCUAUCAGUGAAUCACUUGUUGCUAAGGCAGUUUUAUCAAAUGCAUUCUGUGGUGGUGUUAAUGGAAAUGUCAACGCUACUGGGGGUAGUGGUGGUUCACUAACUUUGCCUAUGCCAACUGUUUCUUCAAUUUUAGAAACUCUCAAUCGUGUAAAUGGAAUAUUAGUUAUACAAAUAAGGUAAGCCUUCGAAAAUUAUUUUAGUUAUCAUUACAAUUGGAAUUAGUGUAGGUUUGUAUAGGUACUAUGUUCGAGGGAUUAAGAUAUUACCUAAGACUAGCCAACGAAGUGAAGGUCAGCGACAUAACAACAGGACAAGCUAAGCUAUUCGACUGCACCUCAGCCUUGCUAAUUAAAGGAAGACUAUAUUCAACCGGGAAAAUAUGUAAUUCCACAAGCAACCCGGAAGAAAGAACAACAGGCACACACCUCAUGUGUAUAUAUACAGUACAAAAAAUGUCCGUAGAAAGCGUCACAAAAUAGCGUACUAUAAAAGGAAACGAGCCAAUUGCAUUUAAGGUCCUCCCAGGUGAGAAACUAAAUUGAAUGUAAAAAUAGGCGCUUUCGGUGUGAAAUUAAGAAAUUCGAAUCCAGUAUUCCCAACAAUAUGUUUUUGGUCAGAAAAUGUGCUGAAUUCAUAUUAAUUUGUAUUAUAAAUUUUAUUUCAUUCAUUAAUAGUUGUUAAUAUGCAUUAUGCCUUGAUUUUAUCAUCAUAUAAUAGAGUGAUUGUUUCUUUUGAGGAAUAACUAUCACACGCAUUUAAUAUUAAUUCAAUUUGGAUUUGUUUAAAUUAUCCCAUUGGUAAUAUUUUGACUGAAAUUUGAUCUGUUGUGGUUUUCGAUACGUGCAUCUUGUACAGUCUAUCUUCAUAUAGCUAUUAUGGCAAGUUAAUAUGGAAUAAAUGGACUCCGUAUCUGAAUGGAUAAGUCCUGGCUUCCACUACUAGCCACAUGUCAUCUAUUCGGCAUUAUCAUACCUAGUAUUAUCCUUUUGUAUUUUGUUUAAUACUUUUGACGUACUACUGAUUAUUGUUUCACUCUAAACUGUAAUGGUUUACAGUUCAAAAGAUACCAGUGGCUCGUUAAGAUCUUCAGAUACUCAUUAUUUCAAACUUUAAUUAUUUCUCUUAUCAACCUCGAAUUAGUUUCACAACUCAUUAAUUUGAUCCAUGGUUCAUAUUUCACUGCUAUAAUUUUUUCAUUGUUCCACUUUGUAUUUAAUUUCAACCACAGUCACUUCACUGUUUGUGUGAUGUCUGCCUAACCACUGCUAACCUCAUUGGUCAGCGACAUUAGCUGGUAUAAAAAUAAGUUUGAAGAAAUUUAGGGACAGUCAAGUUGAAACACUACCUUAGGGCUGAUAUGGCUUAAAAUUUGUCGCAUUGGCUCAGAUGCAUUGUUUUUUCUUCUCUCUUCAGACAUUGAGUUCCAGCAUUCAUGGGAGUAAUGCAUAUUUGUCUUAGAAGUGAUUGAUUUUAACCAAUAUUUUUUUAAUAUUUCGUUGUAUUAACUCUGUGUUUUUCUCUUUCCCAUACGCUUCAGAGGAAAAGAUGACAAUCAACAUGGUCACAAAGAAGAUAAAAAUUUGUCAAGUAAUAAAUCUGAUCUUACAGAAUCCCAUGUUGUUAUAUGUGAUAAAAUUCGGCAGUCCAAAAAUGAUAUCCAUUUGUUGACAUCAUCAUCUAAUGAUAAUAAAUCGUCGAAAUCUUUUCCUACCUCAUUAAAUAAUAGUGAUGUGAACAAACCUGUAAUUCCAGUAUUGUAGAGUAGCGUUGAUGUUUUGAAUUGAUUUAACUCAGUAAUAAUGAUUAUCAAUUAAUUAUUAUUAUUUUAAGAAUGAAAUAUAAAAACAAAUUAAGAACAGAAUAUCUCCAAUUGUUAUGGAAAUUAGGAGCAUAUAAUAUCCCUUUAAUCAUCACAAUUACAUUUCUAUAAUUGUUUUAGGAUGAAUGGAUACAAAUAAGAAUUCAAUUCAAAACGUUGCUUGUUUUUCAUGUUGCACACAUCUAUAAUUUUUAGUUCAAUAAAUACCAAAAUUACUACAAUAUAAUUAAACUUUUGUUGUAUACUAACUAUUAGUCUUCCUAUUUUCUUUUUUUUUUCUUCUAUAUAUACACAUACAUUGUGUUUAUAAUUUAUGUAUCAUAGUUUAGAUGAACAUUCUUAGUUACAUCUUGUGUCUUUUGUAUACGUUGACCGGAAAAAAAAGUUUUGUACACAUUACACUUGCAUUAUUACUGUUUUGUCUUAAUGCAUAUUUACCUAUAUAAAUGUACGUAGAUUAAAUUUCAUAGUUUUGGUGUAUAUGUGUGUGUGCAAAAACUUUUAUUUCAAUAAAAUCACAUUAGUUUGUAGAUUAGUUAAGUAAUUCUGCCCAUUUUUGCAUUUUAAAAGAAUAUUCAGUUUGUUUCUUAAAUAAAAUACAUAAUCCAAGGUAUC